AUGGUGAACAAUAGCUCCUUGUUCAUUUCUUCCGCCACUUCUGCAUCACAAUUGGGAAUCGUCGAACUCUUCAACCUCUUCACCGCAGUAAUUGGCGGUCUGCUAAACACUGCGGUGCUCAUCACUUUCGUCACCAAUCGCGCAUCGUUCACGCCGUUUACCAUUUACCUGAUCAACCUGCUGAUCGCUAAUUUUAUCGAAACCGCUUGCGCCAAAUUAUGUAGUUUUCUGUCGUUUAUUUGCCCGCAAUGCCGCACUCAUUCCGUCUGUGACCUUUGUCUCUUCAGCAGCUAUCUCGCCAUGGCCGGGAUGAUCAACAGCCACUUGAUAAUCUCCUUUAAUCGCCUUUGGGCCGUCAUCCACCCGCAUCACUACAAGAUUCACCACACAAAGGUCAUGGCUGGCGGGAUCUGUGCCGUGAUGUGGAUGUACAUCAUCGCCACGGUGUUGCCGCAGUUAGUUCGGGAUUCCCUGUAUUUCCGCGAACCCUUUGCCGCCUACGGCCGUUGUAAACUAAAACUCAAUGCGCAACCGGUUUUGUAUUUAGCAACAUUGCUGGUCGUGUACAUCAUUCCGGAAGUGGUGAUUCUACUGACUUUCCCAGUUAUCUGGCAUAAACGGCAGCGUCAUCGCAAGAUCUUGCACAGGACACUAUCCCAGCCUCCAACCAACAGUGCCAGUGCGGGCACCGGCGGACGGACAACUGUGAAUAACCACACAGAAUCGUCGCGGUCUCAGAAGAAGAGCAUGCAAGUUCUGGUUAUCCUGAUGAUCAGUAUGGUCAUCUGUUGGACACCGCUGCUAGGUGCCACGCUGGCGGCGAAUUUCAUAGACUUCACGAACAAGAAUUUUUUUAACGUGGCCACAUGUCUGUUUGCCGUGGAAGCGGUGACCGAUCCCAUUCUCUUUGGAUUGGUGUUUAACCAGCAUGUCUUCAAAAAUUUGAAACUUCAUUGGAAAACCCGAAAGUGA